AUAUUUCCGACAUAAUUCUUCUGUUCCAUCAGUCACAUUAAAUCCCAUACUUUGAAUUGAAUUGAAUUGAAGUUUGUAUUUUCCUUCUCAUCCUUCAAAUUCCAUUAUCCCUUCCUUCCUUCUCUCUCCCUCUCUCAGUACUGUUCUUUUCCGUUGAUGCUCUGUUUCUCUGCUCGCUGUGUUCGACGGUCGGAACUUGGGACAUGGAUUUCAGGGCUUCCAAUUUUUCGAAUCGUGUUCGUGUUCUUGUCUUUGGGUUUCUCGUUUUCAAUUUCUUUGUCGGAUUUGGAUCGCACGCUCAGCCUCUGCCCGAACAAGAAGUGAGAGCCCUUCAAGCAAUAUCCAGAGAGUUAAGGAACUUGAACUGGAAUGUGCACCAAAAUUCCUGCAUUAAUGGCGAUGGAUUUUCCAAUAGAAUCAUCGACGGUACUGAUAUUCUGCGAGAGGUUAACUGCACUUGCACCGCCACCGAUUGCAGAGUCACUAGCAUUCGGCUUAAGGGCCUCAAUCUAAUAGGAGCUAUGCCAGCGGCAUUUGCAAAUCUUACUCGGUUGCAACGGAUCGAUCUUACUCGCAAUCUAAUAUCCGGAUCAAUCCCUAGAGAGUUUGCUCGGAUUCCUCUUGUUGAUCUAUCCAUGUUGGGUAAUCGGCUAAGUGGUUCAAUCCCUCCAGAAAUUGGUGACAUUGUCACACUUGAGCAUCUGGUUUUGGAAAACAAUCUCCUUGGAGGGAAUCUUCCCGAAAGCCUCGGGAGAUUGAGCCGCUUGCAAAGAUUGCUUCUCAGUGCAAAUAACUUCACAGGGCCGAUUCCAAACUCUUAUGGAAGCUUGAGGAACUUGACUGAUUUUCGGAUAGAUGGAAAUAAUGUGUCAGGAAAGCUACCCGAGUUUAUUGGCAAUUGGACCAAACUUGAAAGACUGGAUAUACAAGGAACCUCGAUGGAGAACCCGAUUCCUCGUGGCAUAUCCGAGUUGAAAAACUUAACUGAAUUGAGGAUAACUGAUUUGAAGGGACCAGCAACAAGUUUUCCCAAUCUGACUCAAUUGACAUCUUUAGAAGAAUUGGUCUUAAGAAAUUGCUUAAUCGAGGAUCGUAUUCCAGAAUAUAUUGGAACGUUUAUCAGAUUAAAAACUUUAGACCUAAGCUUCAACGAAUUGAGUGGUCCAAUUCCAGACACAUUUCAGAAUCUUGCCGGAGUUACUCGGUUCUUGUUUUUGACCAACAACUCAUUAAGUGGCCAAGUACCAGGCUGGAUCUUGAGCAGUGAAAGGAGCAUAGAUUUAUCUUACAACAAUUUUACAGGGUCCCCAGUUUCUAGUUGUCAACAGUCUGAUGUGAACUUGGUUUCAAGUUAUUCAUCUGCAAUGAAUGAAACUGUUUCUUGGUGCUUGAGGAAGGAUCUCCCUUGUCCUAUAGGAACUCGAUUUCAUUCCUUGUUCAUAAAUUGUGGAGGCCAAAGAAUGGAGCUUGAUGGUAAUGCAUAUGAAGAGGAUGUAACUCUAGGUGGCAAGUCCAAUUUCCUUUCCUUCUCAGACAGAUGGGCUUAUAGCAGUACUGGUGUUUUUCUGGGAAAUGAGAGUGCUGAUUACAGAGUAACAAGUAGCAAUGCUUCUAUUCCGAGCAUCUACCAAACCGCUCGACUCGCACCUCUUUCGCUCAAGUACUAUGGACUUUGCUUGAGAAGAGGAAGUUACAAUGUGAAGCUUCACUUUGCUGAAAUAAUGUUUACUGCUGACCAAACAUUCAGCAGCUUGGGAGAGCGCAUAUUUGAUAUCUCCAUUCAAGGAAAUUUGGUUAGAAAAAAUUUUAACAUAUUGAAGGAAGUUGGAGUUGGUGAGAGCUUUACUUUGGAAGAGCCUAAUAUUUUGGUCAAUGGGAGUACGCUGGAGAUCCACUUAUACUGGGCUGGUAAAGGAACAACGGCCAUUCCAAGAAGAGGGGUUUAUGGACCUCUGAUAUCUGGGAUCUCGGUGACACCAAACUUUGAUGUGGAUACUGGAGCGCUAUCAGCUGGAGCUAUUGCUGGCAUUGUUGUUAGUAGUUUUGUGUUUGUUGUGUUGGUAUUGGCUGUUCUUCGAUGGAAGGGUUACUUGGGUGGAAAGGACGCUGAAGACAGUGAAUUGAAGGCACUAGAUUUAAAGACGGGCUAUUUCAGUUUGAGACAAAUCAAAGCAGCCACCAAAAACUUUGACCCGACGUAUAAGAUAGGUGAGGGAGGUUUCGGUCCUGUAUACAAGGGUGUAUUGUCGGAUGGUACUCCAAUUGCUGUAAAGCAGCUAUCCUCUAAAUCAAGGCAAGGAAACCGAGAAUUCGUCACUGAGAUCGGCAUGAUAUCUGCAUUACAACAUCCAAAUCUUGUUAAGCUUUAUGGUUGUUGUAUCGAAGGAAACCAAUUACUGCUCGUAUAUGAGUAUCUAGAGAACAACAGUCUUGCUCGUGCCCUUUUUGGCUCUGAUGAGCAACGACUACACUUGGAUUGGACGACACGAACGAAGAUAUGCUUGGGAAUAGCAAAGGGAUUGGCUUACCUUCAUGAAGAAUCUGUGUUGAAAAUUGUUCACAGAGAUAUAAAAGCUACCAACGUGCUACUUGAUAAAAUUCUGAGUGCCAAGAUUUCUGACUUUGGGUUGGCUAGGCUUGAUGAGGAGGAGAACACCCAUAUUAGCACAAGAAUUGCAGGCACAAUGUACGUUGAUCUCUAUCUUCCUAAUGUCGAUUUGUUUACUCAUUGUCUUGAUAGCGAUAAUUAUAUUACCGUCUUACCUUCCAGUGGUUAUAUGGCUCCUGAAUAUGCGAUGAGAGGUUACUUAACUGAUAAGGCAGAUGUUUAUAGCUUUGGAGUUGUGGCGUUGGAGAUUGUUAGUGGGAAAAGCAACACAAAUUACAGGCCAAAGGAGGAAUUCGUUUAUCUUCUGGAUUGGGCUUAUGUAUUACAAGAGCAAGGAAACGUUCUGGAACUUGUUGAUCCAAGUCUCGAGUCACAUUACUCGAAAGAAGAGGUGAUGCGGAUGAUUCAUAUAGCUCUCUUAUGCACAAACCCGUCUCCGACUCUUAGGCCAACCAUGUCCUCAGUGGUUAGCAUGCUCGAAGGGAAAAUUGCGGUCCAAGCACCGAUCAUCAAGCGCAGUGCAGUCGAGCAAGAUGCAAGGUUCAAAGCCUUUGAAAGGCUGUCACAAGAUAGCAUAUCAAUGACUAGCAUUUCGACAUCAUCACAAGGCAUUCCAAUGCAAAAAAGCACGUUAGUUGAUGGGCUGUGGAUUGACUCCUCUACUUCUACCCACAAGGAGGAGACCCAAGAUUGUUCUUCAACCAGAAAUCUGCUAUAAAUGAAAACACAUUGAGUUUGAUGCAUUUUCUGUUUCCAUUUCCAUUCAUAUUCUUCUGUAGAGUGUUGGUUUUGUGUGCUGAAUAGUUUCAAAGGUUUGUUUUAGCAGACACCGACACGGUUCAUGUAAAUUCUUGUGUCUUUUAGAAAAUCAUUAGCCACAGGAACUUGGUUGGCAUGUUCCUCUCCUUCUGUAACUUUCUUCUUACCUUUACAUACUCUUCAAAUGUACCAUGAAACAAAU